CCUAGAUUCAGAACACGACUUUUCCGAGAAAGGAUUAUAACAUUUUUAGUUCACAACAUUUGCACACAUUUUCAUUCAGAUUCAGUUUGCUGGCUAAUGCUGCCUGAAAGAGAAAAUAAAAAUGAGAAUUCUGAAAAAACAUUUCUGUAAAUUUCUACUUGGAUCAAUAGCAUCUGUCAUCACUCUUCAUGUUGCUUUGCACUUAAAUAGUUUCUAUGACCCCAAUAUAGUUACUGAUAAAAAAGAAGAGUUGUUUUUUGCUCAUGCUCCUUUGGCAAACCAACCUAUCGAGUUACCCCACUCUGAAUGCAAGGAAAACAGUUCUGCCCAUAGCUUCACCAAUUUUGAUAAAGAACCUCAGAACAUGAAGGAUUUUUUGACCUACCAACAUUGCAGGAACUUCCCACUACUCCAUGACUCCCCCAUGAAGUGUGGUGGAGCAGCUAACUCAAAGGAAGUCUUCCUCUUGCUCGCCAUCAAAUCCUCUCCUGCGAACUAUGAGCGCCGGGAAGCUGUGCGAAAGACAUGGGGAGUGGAGAAAACCUACAAUGGAGUUCAAGUAAAGAGAAUUUUCCUCAUUGGAAUCCCAACACCACAAAUAGAGAAGAAGAGGAUGAUGCAAUUGAUAAGUACCGAGAGUCAGGUGUAUAAUGAUGUAUUACAGUGGGAGUUUUAUGACACCUUCUAUAAUUUAACUCUGAAACAGGUUAUAUUCCUGAGCUGGUUGGAAGCCAGGUGCCCUGGAGCUCAAUAUAUUUUUAAUGGGGAUGAUGAUGUUUUUGUAAACACUAUUAAUGUGGUAUCUUACCUACAGAGCCUAGGCAAAGGCGGAAAUAAGCGCCACCUAUUUGUAGGGGCUUUGAAUGAAGGUAUGCCUCCAGUUCGAGAGUCAAACAGCAAGUACUAUGUUCCAGAGACACUGUUUAAUCGAACUGAAUUUGAUCCUUACUGCGGAGGUGGAGGUAUCCUUAUAUCGAGUUUCACAGCCAAUUGUAUACUUAGGGAAUCACAGCAUAUCCCUCUCAUCCCCAUUGAUGAUGCCUAUCUAGGGAUGUGCUUGAAAAGGGCUGGUCUUAAACCCAAUAACCAUGAGGGAAUCAAAACUUUUGGAAUCCAAUUGGCACGUGUGGAUUCAUUUGACCCCUGCUAUUACAGAAACAUUCUGAUGGUGCACCGAUUUGUGCCUUACGAGAUGCUGAUUAUGUGGAAGGCCCUGCAGAUUACAGAGUUGAAUUGUUCAUGGACAUUAACUUUAACCAAAGGACUCAAUGUCUAAAAACGUUCAAUUUAAGGUGAGACAGCAGAGCAUUAUUGCAAUUAUUAUACCUAAA